CGUCUUUCCAAAACUGGAAGAAAUAAAAGAAAUAUUACAAAACAACAUCAACAAUUAAUUAUUCCAAAAGAAUUACCCACACAAGUAAAUCCCCCAUCAAUUUCCCGUUCUGGCCCAAUUUGUUGUAAAUGGAUGAUUAAUUCUUUUAUUAAUAAAAAUAAUAAUUUAAAUAAUAAUCAAAGAAAACUUUGUGGUCGGUUAUUUGAUUCAAUGCAGUUGCUUGUCGAGCAUUUGGACACAGAACAUUUAGGGCAACAUUCAGAAGUAAUUCCUGAAUUAAAUUCUGAAUAUUCUUCAACAUCAACAACAAUACAUAUUUGUUUAUGGCAAGGAUGUCAACGCGCGGGGAAGGAAUUUAAAGCAAAAUAUAAAUUAAAAGUAAUCUUUUUAAAAUACUUUUUAAAUAGAAAAAUAAAUCUUUUUCGAACCAUUUACGUGUCCAUACUGGAGAGCGCCCUUUUGAAUGUAGAAUUUGUGGGAAGACUUUUGCGCGUUCAGAAAACCUAAAAAUUCAUCAUCGUAUUCAUACAGGUGGGUGAA